CGGGUCAUACAAAAGUUGUCGCGGACGCCAUGUUGGUGAAUGAAAUUAGCUUCAAAACAUUGAAAAACGGAUAGCAAUAUUAGUUGUUUAUAAUGUAUAGAAUAAUGCUUGUACGAUCUUGUAGCAUCGUUUAGAGAUGACUUAGAAAUUAGAAAACCUACACAGAAGUCUUGUAUCUUGUAAAUUAUUCUGCUUAGGCAAAGUAAUAGUGUCACGCAAUGCACCAUGGAAGUGGAUCACAGAAUAUGCAACGGCAGCUUCAAAAAUCCAAGUCUGUCAGUGGGUCAGAAGCAGACGAGCAGCAGCCAGCCAUGGCAGCUACACAGCAGCAAGCGACAGUUAACCAUCCUCAAUCUCCUGUGACCACUUUUACUUCUGCUGCCAGCCCUUCAGCCCCUCAGUCCCCCAAUUAUCAGAUAAUCAUGAGUCGAAGCCCAGCCACCAGCCAGAAUGUAAACAUCACUUUACAAAACACCCAGCAGAUCACUCUAGCCUCACUCCCCAUCCAGAACCCAUUAUCCCCUGGCUUCCAGCACACUACACCUCAGUGGAGGUUCGAACCGGCCCCAUCCUCCUACAUUCAGGUCACCUCACCGGUGCCCCAACCUAUUCAGCCCCAAAGUCCCACCCAGCAUAGUCCAGUCGCUCUACAAGGUGUCACAAGGGCAGGGGCACAACCAACAGCGUUGGGAGUGUGUGCACAGAGCCCAACGCGAUUUAUCGACGCUGGUAUGUUAGUUCGACAAAUUAGUUUAGGCAGCCAAUCAGGAGGGGGGCACUUUGUUUUCCAGGAYGGAACAGGACUAGCCCAGAUAGCACCAGCAGCUUCUGGCCAAGUACAAAUAUCUUCUCCAGGAACACCGGGCUCUGUGAGAGAACGACGGCUCUCUCAGCCUCACUCUCAAACUGGAGGCACCAUUCAUCACCUUGGACCUCAAAGCCCAGUUGCCACUGGUACUAAUCUUUCUACACUGGGCAGCCCUGGUCACAUCACUACUUCCAACCUACCUCCACAAAUCAGCAGUAUCAUAAAAGGUCAGCUUACACGCCCUAUAAUAUUUGAAAAGACUGCACAAGGUGUGGUAACCACAGCUACAGCAUCAUUUAGCAUACCCUCCUCCAUUCCACCCUCCAGCCCAUCUCUUACUAGUCCACCCCAAGCUGUCCCCAACAAUCCUCUCACACCAACCAGUAUAACUUCAGGCAGCAUAAAGAAGCAAGCUGCCAAGAAGCUAGAGGAAAUCGCCCCUUCUACUCCAGAAAUUGCCCAGCUUAGAAAACAAUGCUUGGAACAUCACACCAAGAAAAUGGAGAGCUUGAAAGAAGUGUUCAAGGAGUACCUGAUUGAACUUUUCUUUCUGCGACACCUUCAAGGAAACAUGAUGGACUAUCUAGCCUUUAAAAAGAAGCCUUGUGUUCCCUUGUAUACCUACUUGAGACAAAAUGACUUGGAUCUUGAAGACGAUGACGAUGAGGAAGAACAGUCGGAAGUCAUUAAUGACGAGGUAAAGGUUGUUACUGGAAAAGAUGGCCAAGCAGUGACACCGGUUGCCAUAGCAACACAGCUUCCUCCCAAUGUUUCUGCAGCUUUCUCUACUCAGCAGCAAUUUCAGGGGCAUCAAGGGGCUGGCUCAGGCACUGUUGCAAACCCUGGAGACAUGGAUGCUUUUAAGAGGCAACAGGCUAUGGUGCAAGCAGAUCAGGCUAAGAGGCCCCGGAUUGACGUUGGUCGCCAUGGGCUGAUUUUCCAGCAUCCUGGUGUAGCUCCUUUAGGAUCACCUGGCGUUCCUCUUCAGCAGCUAAUGCCGACCGCGCAAGGUGGUAUGCCACCUACUCCUCAAGCGGUCCAGAUUGCAGGACAGAAGCAAAACCAGCAACAGUACGACCCGUCUAAAGGACCUCCAGUGCAGAAUGCUGCCAGUCUUCACACCCCCCCACCCCAGCUACCCAGCAGGUUGCAACAAGGUGCCCUCCCUAUGGCGAGCCUACCUUUGGCUCAGUUAGUGGAGAAUGCAGCUCAGUCUGGUGGGCAGCUCCAGGCACCAGUUCAAGUACAGACAGGAGGGUCUGUCCUGGCUACAAUGAACCCCCACACACAGCUCCAGACCCAGCUCCAGCAGCAGAUACAACAAGGUGUUCAUAUCCAGCUGCAGCCCCAACAACAACAACAAUCCCAGACCAUUCUACAGGCAGGACAAGCGACGGUGACACUUGCUCGGCCUGUUACAGAUUUAAACCAGCCGGUUCAGAGGAUUAUGACCAACUCAGUAUCAUUAACAUCUGUGUCUCCUGCUCCUCUGUCCACUCCAAACUCUAAUCCAUCUCCCCAAACAAGUUCUGUCCGUCCUCUUGGCUCUAAUAUUAACCCAAGCACCCAGUCCAAACUAAUGGGAACCAAUGGGUCUGCGGUCAAAAUGGGUGGCUUUGGUCAAAAUACCACCAUGCAGUCCUCACAAGAAGGUUCUCAAGACAAACAAGUGGAGCAGGCUAAACUGGAAAGUCAGGUGCACCAGCGUAUUUCUGAGCUGAGGAAGGAGGGUCAGUGGUCAGCCAGCAGACUCCCCAAGCUUGUGGAGGCUUCUCGUCCAAAGUCCCACUGGGACUACCUGCUGGAGGAGAUGCAGUGGAUGGCAGCAGACUUUGCUCAGGAGAGGAGAUGGAAGGAGGCUGCUGCUAAGAAGCUUGUUCGCACUUGUGCACGUCACCACCAAGAACAGAGAAAAAGUGAGGAAAGGUCAGAAAAAGAAAGGGAAAUUCAUCUCCGUCACAUUGCCAGCACGAUUGCCCGAGAGGUGGAAUUCUUCUGGUCAAACAUUGAACAGGUGGUGGAAAUCAAACUCCAAUUUGAAAUUUAUGAGAAGAGGCUCAAAGCACUUGGUUUACAAAAAGCCACAGUGUUUGGGCAGACAGGAGAAAAAGUCAAAGUGGAGGGAGUCACUUCUGCUAAAAAAAGAAAAUCAAGUUUGUCCUUGGCUGACGAAGAUGUCUCAGAUGAAGAAAGCACCAUAGAGGAACAGGAAGGCAUUGAGGGGGAAACGGACCACAAAGCAGAGCUGAAUGACCUCGCCAAAGAUGCUGAGAUGUCUCUGGAUGCCUUGAAGAAACUGUAUGCUGGAGCGUACGCUGAUAGUUUUGAGUGGCCUCAGCCAAGUCCUCACAGUGACGAGGAUGACUCGGAGGAGACCGAAGAAAUGGAAUGCGCUUCAGGCAGCCCACCUCAAGCUGUAUUAAUCGACUCCCUGCUUAGUAUGGACCAAUAUCGGAGUGCAGAUAAAGCCACGUCUGACUCAAACGGAAGGCCAGGCAGAGACAUCGCUGAAGUGGCUGCUGCCACAGAACUGAUAUUGCCUAAAGGCAGCCUCAGAACCACAUCAUCUACUCGCAGCUCAGCACCUUUUCUGUUGCAUGGAGUGCUGCGAGAAUAUCAGCAAAUUGGUGUGGAUUGGUUGGUAAACCUUUACAAGAAGCAGCUCAAUGGCAUCUUAGCUGAUGAAACAGGACUUGGCAAAACUGUGCAGACGGUAGCUUACAUGGCCCACUUAGCAGGUCAAGAGGGCGUCUGGGGUCCCCAUCUUAUUAUAGWAAGAACCUGUAAGCUGCUAAGCUGGGAGCUGGAGUUCAAGCGCUGGUGUCCUGGCCUUAAGAUCCUUCUGUACCUGGGCAGUCGAAAGGAGCGCAGAUCCAAGAGAACGUUGUGGGAUGAAUCCAACAGCUUCCACGUAUGUGUGACGUCAUACAAGCUUCUAAUGAAAGAUCAGAGCCAUUUUCUGAGGAGAAGAUGGAAGCAUCUGGUUCUGGACGAGGUCCAGCUCAUCAAAAACCUUACGCAGAAACACUGGGAAACAGUCUUUGCUAUCAGAAGUGAGCAGAGAAUACUCCUCAUCAACACUCCUCUACAAAAUACCCUCAAAGAGUUGUGGACCAUGAUCCACUUCCUGUUGCCAGGAAUCACCAGGCCCUACUCGGACUUCCCUGUUAAGGCAGGCACAGACCAGAACCAGGACUACUGCCACAAGCUAGUCAUCCGCCUGCACAGGAUGAUCCAGCCGUUCAUCUUGAGGCGCUCCAAACGAGAUGUGGAGAAGCAGCUUCCCAAGAAGUAUGAACACAUCCUCAAGUGCCGUCUGUCCAGCAGACAGAAAAGUCUUUAUGAGGACAUCCUCACUCAGCCAGGGACUCAGGAGGCUCUGAAGACGGGUCAUUUUGUUAGCGUGCUCCAGGUUUUAAUGCGGCUGCAGCGAGUGUGUAACCACCCUGAGUUGGUUGCUCCCAGAGACACCAGCAGCUCGUUUUUCUGUUCCUCUCUUCAACACGACGUUCCAUCGUUGAUUCUGGAAGCUGUCGAGAAUCAAUCAAACAAGAUUGCAAACUUGUCCAUAUUUGAUCUGAUCAAUAAUGAGAACAGACUGACGCGGUAUCAGACUGAAGAGGCAGUACCCAAACUAAAGGUCACUCAGCAGCUCAUAGAGGAAAUCUACACGAGUCCAGACCAGCCACCAAGACCCAAACCCUGUCCAAUUAAACCCAUGAGAUUGUUCCAGCCAGUUCAAUAUGGCACGAAGCCAGAAGGUCGCUUAGCUGCUAUUGGAACUGCAGCAGGUCAGCGUCCUCCAACCAGCUCUCCUCAAACCAGUACCUCGUCUUCCAUCAGCAGCCAGUCAGGCCAAACCAGGGGCAAGUCCCCUGUCACMACUGCAGCAUCUACACCCACUUCACAAGGUGGAGAUGUGGUGAAGAUUGCACAACUGGCCAACAUAGCAGGUGGUCAGACUCGUAUCGCCCAGCCAGAGACUCCAGUCACGCUGCAGUUUCAGGGGAAUAAGUUCACUCUGUCACCCAGCCAGCUCCGGCAGCUCACCACCGGACAGCCCUUGCAGCUUCAAGGUACACUCGGCAACAUCCUGCAUAUUGUGUCGGCUCCGGGGCAGCAGAUCAUAAGGCCACAGGGAUCCAUGGUUUUGCAAACAAUGCCUCAAGCUGUUCCUGCUUCCAGUGCUUCAGUAACACCUGGCACACCGCUUCCUGCUCUUUCAACAGCUCAGCAAACACUGGGUGUGACUACAAAUGCCACGUCGUCUCCCACCAAACACACUGCAGCUCAUGGUGGUUCUCGGGAGGCUUCAGGAGAAAAGACUCAGCUGCUAAAGGAGCGUCUGACCCGCCUGUUUGAAGCGAAUGAGCGGCGCUGCAGCCGCAGAGUGCUGUAUGGUUCGGAUGUGCUGCAGGCGUGCACUCUGAGCCCAGAUUCGGGUCACUCUGCUCUGACUGCUGGAGGCUGGAGGUGGGUGGGCAGGGAGAGCUGCAUCAGGGCUCAGACAACAUGUGUAGGUACAACUUCCAUUCUGCAGUCCACUCUGCUCACCACAGAGGACCGCCUGGAGKCUGCCCAAAGUCUGAUCAAGAGGCUGACGUGUGUGGUGCCUCCAGCUGUAGCUCCACCCUCUCAUCUGUAUGCAGCCAAUCCACCUGUUUCCUACAGCCUUGAACUGAAAUCCUUCCAGAGGCGACUGCUAGAGGCCUCUGCCCCGCACAGCGCAGAAAUCCACCAUUUAGCAUCCAGACAUCUCUUGACUUAUACCGACUUACAGUUAAUGCAGGUGGACUCUGGUAAACUGGAAGCUCUUGCAAUCCUACUGCAGAAGCUCAGAUCAGAGAGCAGGCGUGUCCUCAUCUUCACUCAGAUGGUAAAGAUGCUGGACAUCUUGGAGGCCUUCCUGGAUUACAGACAGCUCACUUACAUGCGCAUUGAUGAAAACCUCACUUGUGAAGAAAGACAGGAAAACAUGAAGAAGUUUAACAGGAGCAGGCAGGUGUUCUGCAGCAUCCUGACCAACCGCUGUUGCCCUGCGGUUGGGACCAUGGUGGAUGCAGACACCAUCAUCUUCUACGACACAGACCUCAACCCAACCAUGGACGCCCGCACCCAGGAGUGGUGUGAUAAAGUCGGGCGAUCUAAGGACAUUCAUAUAUACAGAAUGGAGAGUGGAAAUUCUAUUGAAGAGAAGUUAUUAAAAAAUGGUACCAAGGACCUUAUAAGGGAAGUGGCUGCUCAGGGUACUGACUACACAUUGGCUUUCCUCACACAGCGGACAAUCCAAGAUCUGUUUGAAGUGGAGGCGGGUUCAGGCGUGAAGGUGGAGGAGUUUGUGGUUCUUCACCAGGAGCCUUCGGCCUCAGAAGCCAUUUCUCCCAAAGUAGCGAGACCCUACAUCCAGGCUCUCCACAGCAUCAACCUGGAUGCUGGACCAGAGGAGGAAGAAGAGAACGAGUCAGCAGAGGAGUCAGAGAACCAAACUGUAGAGGAGCCUGGUCUGAUAGAAGAGCUGAAUGCAGUCAUGGAACAGCUAACCCCUAUUGAAAAAUAUGCCCUGCAUUAUCUGGAGUACCUCAACAUCAGUGAUGAAGAAGCUGCACUGAAGGAGAGGCUGGAGUGCUCUAAGAGAGGCUGGGAGAUUCAACAGCUGCAGAAACUAAAGGAGGAGGAGGAGGAAGAGAGCCAGAUGACUGAGGGAGAGGAAGAUCUAUUCACUUAUACCAGAGAGGAUGCUUACAACAUGGAAUAUGUAUUUGAUGCAGAGGAUGGUCAUACAGAAAUAAUGCCGCUUUGGACUCCUCCCACACCGCCACAGGAUGACAACGAUAUUUAUAUUGAUUCUGUGAUGAUGUUGAUGUACGACACCACACCCAUGCCAGAGUCCAAACUACCUCCCGUCUACAUUCGCAAGGAGCACAAGAGACUUAAGAUGGACCCCUCCGCAGCGGCCAGAAAAAAGAAGAAGGGCCACGGGGAGACGGUCAUACCUCCACGCUCUCUUUUUGAAAAGGCCAGCAUGCUCAAAGUUCGCCGUGAGAGCAAAGACCAGAAAAAGAACUUUUCCCUCAAGCAGCAGGUACCUUUUGCCAAACCCCUGCCCUCGCUGGUUAAACCGGCCAUGGAGGCAGGUCAGGACAACCCCGAGUGGCUCAUCAGUGAGGACUGGGCUCUGCUUCAGGCUGUUAAACAGCUGCUGGAGUUGCCUCUGAACCUGACCAUCGUGUCUCCUGCUCACACACCCAACUGGGAUCUGGUGAGUGACGUGGUGAACUCCUGCAGCCGCAUCUACCGCUCGCCCAAGCAGUGUCGCAACCGCUACGAGAACGUCAUCAUUCCCAGAGAAGARGGAAAGUUGGUGUAUGAAGCCAACCCUAAGAAGAAAACUAAGAGCAUAUACAAGUCUAAGAACAGUCGUCCUCUGAGGACCUGUCAGAUCUACACACAGGAUGACAACUCCUCUCAGAUUCAACUGUACAACAGUCGCUUUGAAAUCAUGAGAAUUAUUGCCAGCAAACGGAGCCCACCAAUCAAACCACUGCUUGGUAUGAAUCCAUUUCAGAAGAACCCCAAACAUGCGUCAGUCUUAGCAGAAAGUGGGAUCAGCUAUGACAAACCCCUGCCCCCCAUUCAGGUGGCCUCUCAGCGCGCUGAAAGAAUUGCCAAAGAGAAAAAGGCCCUUGCAGAGCAGCAGAAAGCCCAGCAGUUGGCCCAGCAGCAGCAGCCUGGAGCUCCUCAGGCCCAGGUUGCACCUGGUCAGGCCCAGACUCCUGCUGCUGGCCAGGCUCAGAUCCCUCAGGCUGCAGGAGUGCCUGGAGCCACCACUGUGCCGAAUGCAGCAGUACUGACUGGUGCAAUUAAAAAUGUCACUGUAGGCACAACCAUUCAGGCUGCUACUGUGGGAGGGAAUGUGAUUGUGAACACAGUAGCUGGAAUCCCCCCAAGUCCCUUCCAGGCCAAUAAACGCCUGGCAUCUCCAGGCAUCCCUGGCACCCUCUCUCCUGCAGGCACAACUGGAGCCCAGGUGGUGCACACGCAGCAGAGGGCUGUUGCAGCGACUGCUGCCCCCACUGAAGUGGUGGCGAUAGCUGCAGGGCAGAGCGUUCGAGCCGUGACCCCAGUGUCUGCAGCUGCCGUCGUUUCUACAACCCUGAGCCCGGUGCAGACACAGAACCGCCCGCUUGUUCCUCAAGUCGCUCCGGCCCCAGGUAUGCAGAAGUUUAACCUGCAGAUGCUCCGGGUGCAUCAGCAGCCGGCUCCGUCCCCUCAGAUCAAAGCUGUAAACAAACCUCAGGAGUUGAUAAAAAUGCAGAAGCACAAGGUCCCCUUACAGCAGCAGCAGGUAGCUGCAGCAGCCCAGGGUCAACAAGCUGCAGUGACCCAGCAGACCGCUCAGGUGCAGCCUGCUCAGGCCAGUCCACAGAUAGCAACUGUGGCCGCACCCAGACCUCUGCUGACCACAAACGCCAUGCGUUUGGCUCGAGGGCCAGCUCAGGGUCAGAUUCAGGCCCAGGCAGGACACACUGCUCAGGUGACCCUGACUAAACCUCCUGUGGUGUCGGUACCAGCUGUGGUGUCUGCACUGCCAGUAAUUGGACAGGCACAGAAACCUGGCGGCCCUGUGCUGGCGUCGCCUUUCCCCCAGAUGCAGGUCCAGCAGCUGAUCCCCAUGAAGAAAACCCAACAUCCAGCAACCAUUCAGGCUGCAGCUGCAGCCCAGCAGAAAGCAGGGCUGCCACAGCAGGGACAGGCUGCUGGACAGCAGAAGCAGGUAACGAUGCAGGCAGCGCAGACAGCUCAGCAGCAGAAGGUGACCUAUGCUACCACCACACAACUCCAACAAGCAAUCAAACCCCAGUUCUACACCACCACGUCCAUCGCUCAGACCCAAAAAACCACCACAACCCAACAAAUCCAGGCGGCUAAACUCCCACAAAUGGUUCAGCCAGCUGUGGCUAACAUCCAACAGAUCGUGUCCUCUCCUCAGCAGAUCCAGGCGCAGCCCCAGACUGUGACUCUGACCCAGGCCGUCACCUCCAGCCCUGCUCAGGUGCAGAUGAUCCCUGCUGGGACGGCCGCGGCCCAGGUGGUGCAGCAGAAGAUCAUCCAGCAGCAGGUGGUGACAGCCGCCCCCUCCCCCCAGAUCCAGACUCCGCCCCUGCACAGCCCCGCUCAGCAGCCCGCUGCCCCCUCUGCUGCCGAGUCGCCGGCACAGCAGGCCGCUCAGACCCAACAACCCACCAAGAACCAGGCUCGCCAAGGAGGCGUCCGAGCUAAAACGCCGGCUAAACCCAGCGGGGGGAGCAGCUAGGAGGAAGUGUUCCACAGCCUGAACACACUGGCUGCGUUAACUACAAACCUGAUUUCAGAUUGAUCCUUUUUUCCUGUUUGUACUGAAAUGUGUUCAGAUCAGUCAGGAUCCACCUCUGUUGAUCCAAAACAUGUCUCUGAAUCAAAGCUUUGUAUCCCCCUUUUGUUUCUGAAUAUCACAAUUUUAAAAGAAUCCCAGCAGAGACUGCCCAUCAUACACUGCAGUCCUGACUAAUGGGAACUGAUUCCUGAGGACUGAGUCAUUCUCCAUUCAUAUAAGUGUGUUCAUAAAUAGUCUCCAUGUCCCAUUCUGUCCUUUAGAUAUUUAAGUGGAAAACAAUGCACGUUGCUUUAGCUGUUUUUCUAUCAUUUUGGUAAAUACACUGUAAACAUGUACUUUAGUAUUUUGUGUUUACUCAUAAAAAWUUUUAUUGGCAUCAGAAAAAAAAAGAACACUUGUAAAUAUCAACAAAAACAUUUGUACUUGUAAAGUAGUUGUGUUUUCAUUGGACUUUUCAGCCUAAUUGUAAUAAAGUGUUUUGUUUUUAUACACAAAUUCAUCUUUUCCUUUCAUUAAAAUGUUGUAAGUACUUUGAAA